AUGAGAGAGUACGCCCUGCCCUCGGCCACCCUGGGUCUGCCUGGCCACCUCAUCCAGUGCCACCGCCCGCAGCCUGCCUACACCACUUACACGGCCCCCGUGGUGAAGAUGCUCGUUGAGCAGGAUGAGUGGAGAAAGGCUGCGUCCAACCGCCCAGCAGAGCCAGAGCCAAACAGAGAGCCUCAAGAAGCUGGUUUUGAGGAGGAAACCCAGAUGUUGGCAAAGCUGAGCAGAGACUUCCUGCAGCGCUCGCGGCUGCGGCAGCAAGGGCGGUUUGGGCCGCAGAGCCUGUGA